CAUAUUCCAGGGUUAACACCUGAAUUAAUAGAAACAUUAGAACAAUACACCGAUAAAUAUGAGGACGACCCAUUCGAUGAGGAUACGAUAGAAAAGGGAGAAGAACUAAUGAAUCUACUAACUGAGGCGAAAAGGAAACAUUGGUGUGACCUACUAACAGAAGUAGAUAUGAAAAGGAGUAGUAAGAAAGCAUGGAACCUCAUUAAGCGCUUAGACAGUAAUCCAAGAGAAAAACCAAAGGUACCAUUAAUAACACCAAACCAAAUUGCACACCAUCUUCUAACGAACGGUAAAAAUAAAAUGACAAAACCCAGACCUUUUAAACCGAGGAUUAUACGAACGGAAAACAAUGAAACGCAUGAACUUGGAAACCCGAUCCUACUCACAGAACUUGAUGAUGCUAUAGAGACACUAAAGAAUGCGAAAGCGGCCGGGUUAGAUAACAUGUUCUCAGAACAGAUAAAACACUUUGGAAAAACCACAAGACUAUGGCUGUUAAGUCUUUUUAAUAAUAUCAGAAGUACCUUNACGGGAAAG